AUGUCUGGCAUACAGGCGUACAGGAAUCUCAUCAGAUCAGCUCAGAUAGCCUUCAAGGGUGAUGCGCCUAUCUUGACUGCAGCGCGACAAGAGAUCCGCAAAAACUUCGACUCCGCGCGAUCCAUGUCGCCUGAUGAACAGGCCAUCAAGCUAGAGCAUGCUAAGGAGGUUGCGAAGAUCCUGCGGACGAACGUUGUGCAGGGAAAGCGGAAAGCAGAUGCAGCAGCGGCUGAGGAAGGUUCAGAGACGUACAAGCUGAGAAUCCACAAGGACAUCGAGCUGGGCGACAAUGAAAGCAUCAAGAAGGCCAAGUCAAAGGAAGCAGCGGCUGGAAGGAGCGGAGGUUGUCAGGGGCAGUAG